AAAAAGAAAUGACUUCCCACAACAGCGAGAUAAGCUGACAGCAAUAACAGACCUCAGAUUUCCAAGCACACAAAAAAAAAAAAAAAAAAUCAAAGAAGAGCCAAGUCGCUCGUAUGUUCUUUUCUCUCCUUAACCAUAGCUUAAUCACCCACCAAUCUCGCUAAUUAGGUCAGAUUUCAACCUCCCUGCACUUGAAUUUCUUCCCAAUUCCUCAAUUUCCUCCUCUCACAAGCUAUCUUAAUAGGUACAAAGCCCAUUUCUUUCAGGAAAAAUCCAUGGAAGAAAUAGCAACUUCAUGAACUGAUCUUUCAUCUUUUCUUGAAAGUAGAAGAAGGUUGGGUGGAUUGAAUCGAUGAGUAUCCAAAAGAACUCUCCCUUCAAUACCCAUUUGGAUUUGAUGAGUGGAGGAUCCGACGAUGGGUGUGUUUACCGCAGAAUGGUUCUGUUUGUAAGCUCUUGCUGGGUUUUUAUCAGCAGUUGUCUGUUUUAUGCGUUCCGAUUCUUAACCAGACAUCUUUUCAGAUUUGGGUUAGAAAACGGUUCUCAGAAGGAAGAAUUGGAGAAUUUUGUAAAGGGAGAUGAGUUUUUUUCUGCUGCAGAUGAUUCGGGUCAUUCCGAAUCGUUACCUGAAGUAAUUGAUUUCGAGGACUCCGAGUAUGAUGGUUUCGGCGACAAGGAGCCUUCACGUUCCAGCUUCAAGUUCCAGCCUCAGGGCUCGGAAGAUAUUGGAAGAAGCCUCGAAGAAUCAGAAGGUGAGUCUGGUGGCGAUGAGAUCGCAUUGGCUGCGAACAUCCAUAAGUACUGCUUUCUGCCUGAAAAAGAUUCUAUCAGCUUCGUAGAAGAACCAGAAGUUGUGAACUUUAGCAUUGAAGAAUCGUAUGUCGGAGGUGAUAGCGCCGGCAUUAAAGGUACACCUAAGAUUGAAUUGGAAGACGAGAUCUUGUCAGAGAAGGAUUUUCAGCAAUUCAAUUCAGGAAAGGAAGAAGUUCAUGGAGAACUACUCGACCUCUCAUAUUCUGAUAUAUUCAGGCCAGAAGAGGAGUCUGAGAAAUCGAAGGAAAUGUUCACUGGUUUCGAAAUUAAUACAGUAUCUGAUAAAGUUGAGUUUGAUUCAGAAAAGGAAGAAGUUCAUGGAGAAGUACUCGACAUCUCAUAUUCUGAUAUAUUCAGCCGAGAAGAGGAGUCUGAGAAAUCAAAGGAAAUGUUCAUUGGUUUCGAAAUUAAUACAGUAUCUGAUGAAGUUGAGUUUGAUUCCGGGAAGGGUGAUGAAGGAUUUUCUGUCGAGAAUAAAAACAGCUACAGAUUUUUGUCUUCAAGAGAUUUCUGUGAAUUUGAGGAGUUUGAACCAGAGACCACACAGAAAUCAGCAGCGACGGAUUUGCAGGAUUCGUGGACUUUGGACGUGGAAUCCAUUGAUUUCAAAGAUGGGUCUUCUUCUGCUGGUGAUCAGAUCGAUUCUUAUACGUCUCCAUGUAUUUCCAGUACAGUAUCAGCGGAUUUUAGCGAUGGGCCUUCUUCUGUUAUGCAUCAAAUCGACGGUUCGAAGCUACUCGAUGACUUUCUAUCUGAGAAAGACUUCAGCAAGCAAGAAGCCGAUUCAGAAGACUUUGAUGAAGAAGAUGAGGAAUUGAUGGAGGAGGUAGAGGAAUCAAAGGAAGUGUAUUCUCCAGACUCGCGAAUUCCUGAAGUAGAAUUCAUUGAUUUCGACAAUGGAUUUUUAUCUAUUCAGCAUCAAAUGAACAACUCAAAGCGAUCAGAAGAUCUCCUGUCCGAGCAUGAUUCCCGCGAGCGCGAAUUUAGAUACUUGGAUGGCAAAGAAACAGAACCUACUGAUGAAUUACAGAAAUCCGAGACAACCCAUUUGCCGAAUCGGUCGAGUUAUGAUUCCGACGACGAGAACGAUUUGGAGUCUCUUUGGGAACACCAGGAUCUGAUAGAACAACUGCGGAUGGAGCUGAAGAAAGUGAAAGCGACAGGGCUUCCGACGAUCUUCGAAGAAUCAGAGAGCCCUAAGUCGAUCGAGGACCUGAAGCCAUGGAAGAUCGAAGAGAAGUUCCUGCAUGAAGAUCCGGUCGACGAGCUACAGAAACUCCACAAGAGCUACAGAGAGAGGAUGAGAAAGCUCGACAUCUUGAAUUAUCAGAAGAUGUAUGCAAUCGGCUUCCUCCAGCUCAAGGACCCCCUUCAGUCCAUCGCCUGCCGGAAAACCUCCAUCCCGGCCAUCACCUCUCUCCUCUCCCAGAAUCUCCGGACACGUUGGUCCCGGAAACCUGACGACGACCCGUCGUCGAAAUUCAUCAAAGAUCUCCAGAGCGACUUGGAGACGGUCUACGUGGGCCAAGCAUGCCUCUCAUGGGAACUCCUCCACUGGCAGUACGUGAGGUCACGGGACCUGCCGGAAUCUGACACACACGGAUACCGUCAAUAUAAUCAGGUGGCCGGAGAGUUCCAGCAGUUUCAGGUGCUCUUGCAGAGAUUUGUGGAAAACGAGGCGUUCCAGGGGCCCAGGGUCCAACACUACGUCAAAAGCCGAUGCGUCCUCCGCAACCUUCUCCAGGUCCCACCCAUCAAAGAGGACUGUUCGAAGGAGAAAAUGGUGAAUAGAAGCGGAGGAAACGAUGCGGUUACAGGCAGAAUGCUGGGGGAGAUAAUGGAAGAAUCGAUGAGGAUUUUUUGGGAAUUCAUCAAGGCUGACAGAGAUGAAGCUCAUGUCAUUUUGAAGGGGUUGUUGAGCUCUCAAGCAGAGGUUCAAGACCCUUCAGACCCACAGCUCUUGGCCAACAUCCAAGCAGAUCUUCAAAAGAAGGAGAAGAAACUGAAAGACAUACAGAGAAGUGGAAACUGCAUAGUUAAGAAGUUCCAGAAGCCAAAAGGAGAUUGUUCAGAUGAUACCCUCUUCUUCUCAAAGGUAGACUUGACAUUAGUAUCAAGGGUACUGAGAAUGUCAAGAAUAACAAAUGAUCAGCUACUAUGGUGUGACAAAAAAUUGAGUAUGAUUACUUUUAAGAGUAGAAAGCUUUGUAGAGAGCCCUCGUUUUUAUUGUUUCCUUGUUGAAAUCAAACACUCUUGCAUGUCCUUCACCUGUAGUCACAUCCCCUUGUAUAGAGAGAGAGAGAGCACUGUAAUUUGGUUAUUUAUGUAGAUCUCUUCCUCA